AUGACUACCAAGAUCCCAGUUCUUACUGACAAGGCCCCCAAGCCCCUUCCUGGAAUUUACUCUCAAGCCAUCAUCGCUAAUGGUGUCGUGUACUGCUCCGGCGCGGUGCCUAUGGAUGCCUCUACUGGCAAGCUCAUCGAUGGCGAUGUGAAGGCCCAUACUCACCAGUGCAUCAAGAACUUGACCCAGGUCCUCGAGGAGGCAGGCUCUGACAUCACCAAGGUGGUGAAGGUCAACGUCUUCCUUUCCAACAUGGAUGACUUUGCCGAUAUGAACUCGGUGUAUAUGCAGUACUGGGGCGAUGUGAAGCCGUGUCGGACGUGUGUGGCGGUCAAGACUCUGCCGCUCAAUACAGAUGUGGAAAUUGAAUGCAUUGCAGUGUUGUGA